CAUAAGCCACACAGACAGUCCCAGCCCAUGCCCAAAUUCUAUCAGAGAAGGUAUUUCAGUCUCAUGAGGUUCCUUCCCUUUCAGCACCUGUGGACAUCCUUCCUCUAACCCAGAUGACCUCCAGCUCCCAGCUCUGAGCUGCUGAGAGAAACGUCUCUAACCAGAGCUACUUCAGAUCACGGGAGACCCAGCCCCACAUCAGAGCAAAAUUGAUCCCUUAAGAAGGCUUUACAAGAUGAGCAGCAAAUGGGAAGCGCAACUUAUGACAACCUGCUUGGUGACAGCAACUACACACUCUGCUUGAUCGACCACCUAGAUUUAGUUUUCAGCCAACUACACUGAGUUCUGCUGUCCUUCAGAAAAAGGAUCGCAUAGAUCAACAAGAAGAAUUCAAAAUUGUUUCUCUCCUUUUCCAAUGAGUCAUGGGCACAACGCCUUGGGAUCACCCUGCCUCAGUCACCUGAGGAGGCAGCAAGUCUCUACAAUUUAUCAAGGCAGCCUCAUCUCACUCUACCUCUGCUUCCAAAUGCUCAUAUUGGUUACAGGAGCAUUCCAAGUCCAGGGGUCCCAUGAACCCAUGGUGGCCAUGCUGGGUGGUGAAGCUGAGCUGCCCUGCAGCCUUGAGCCUCGUCAAAGUAUUAAAUAUAUGAAAAUAAGCUGGACCCGAACCCUACCCUCCCAGGUGGUGCACCUGUAUGAGGAUGGGCGGGACAAGCCUGAGAAAGCCAUGGAAGAGUAUUUAGGGAGGACACAGCUUGUGAAAAAUGUCAUGCAUAAGGGGAUCGUGGUCCUGAAAAUCCUCAAUGUCCAAACCUCUGACAAUGGGCAGUAUUGCUGUGUGAUUCAACAUGGCUCCUUCUACAGUGAAGCAGUGAUUGAGCUGAAAGUGGCAGCUCUGGGCUCACGUCCUCAAUUCCACGUGGAAGUCACUAAAUCCCGAGAACUCCGAUUAGAGUGCAAGUCAGAGGGCUGGUUCCCUCGGCCAAAGGUCCAGUGGAUGGACUCUGAGGGAGGAGAAAUUCCAGCUCAAUCUGAGACUCACACCCAGGACAAAGGCGGCUUGUCCUAUGUAACAACAUCACUUUUACUCAGAGAAGCUUCUCAGAAGAACCUGACAUGUUCUGUCUGGAACCCAGUUCUAAAUCAAAAAAAGGAAGAGCAAUUCUCCAUAGCAGGAGCAUUCCAAGUCCAGGGGCCCCAUGAACCUUUGGUGGCCAUCCUGGGUGGUGAAGCUGAGCUGCCCUGCUUCCUCUUGCCUCCUCAAAAUGUUAAAAAUAUGGAAAUAAGAUGGACCAGAUCCCUACCCUCCCAAGUGGUACACCUGUACGAGGAUGGGAGGGACAAGCCUGAGGAAGCCAUGGUGGAGUAUUUAGGGAGGACAGAGCUUGUGAAAAAUGUCAUGCCUAAGGGGAUCGUGGUCCUGAAAAUCCUCAAUGUCCAACCCUCUGACAAUGGGCAGUAUUGCUGUGCAUUCAAAAAUGGCUCCUUCUACAAUGAUACAGUGAUUGAGCUGAAAGUGGCAGCUCUCGGCUCGCAUCCUCAGUUCCAUCUGGAAGUCACUAAGUCCAGCCAACUCCGAUUAGAGUGCAAGUCAGAGGGCUGGUUCCCUCAGCCAAAGGUCCAGUGGACGGACUCUGAGGGAGGAGAAAUUCUGGCUCAAUCUGAGACUCACACCCAGGACAAAGGCGGCUUGUCCUAUGUAACAACAUCACUGUUACUCAGUGAAGCUUCUCAGAAGAAUCUGACAUGUUCUGUCUGGAACCCAGUACUGAAUCAGAAAAAGGAAGAGCAAUUCUCCAUAGCAGGAGCAUUCCAAGUCCAGGGGCCCCAUGAACCCUUGGUGGCCAUGCUGGGUGGUGUUGCUGAGCUGCCCUGCUUCCUCUUGCCUCCUCAAAAUGUUAAAAAUAUGGAAAUAAGCUGGACCAGAUACCUACCCUCCCACCUGGUGCACAUGUACGAGGAAGGGAGGGACAAGCCUCAGGAUGCCAUGAAGGAGUAUUUUAAGAGGACAGAGCUUGAAAGAAAUGUCAUGCAUAAGGGAAUGGUGGUCCUGAGAAUCUUCAAUAUCCAACUCUCUGACAGUGGGCAGUAUCGCUGUGCAUUCCAAAAUGGCUCCUUCUACAGUGAUACAGUGAUUGAGCUGAAAGUGGCAGCUCUUGGCUCGCAUCCUCAGUUCCAUGUGGAAGUCACUGAAUCCAGCCAACUCCGAUUAGAGUGCAAGUCAGAGGGCUGGUUCCCUCAGCCAAAGGUCCAGUGGAUGGACUCUGAGGGAAGAGAAAUUCCAGCUGAGACUGAAACUCACACCCAGGACAAAGAUGGCCUCUUCCAUGUAACAACAUCACUGUUACUCAGAGAAGCUUCUCAGAAGAAUCUGACAUGUUCUGUCUGGAACCCAGUUCUGAAUCAGAAAAAGGAAGAACACCUCUCCAUAGCAGGAGCAUUCCGAGUCCAGGGGCCCCAUGAACCCAUGGUGGCCAUGCUGGGUGGUGACGCUGAGCUGCCCUGCCUACUCUUGCCUCAUCAAAGUGUUAAAAAUAUGAAAAUAAGCUGGACUCGAUUCCUACCCUCCCAGGUGGUGCACCUAUAUGAGGAUGGGAGGGACAAGCCUGAGGAAGCCCAUGAGGAGUAUUUUGGAAGAACAGAGCUUGUGACAGACUAUAUGGAUAAGGGGGUUGUGACCCUGAGAAUCCUCAAUGUCCAACCUUCUGACAGUGGCCAAUAUCGCUGUGCAUUCCAACAUGGCUCCUUCUACAGCGAUGCAAUUAUUAUGCUGAAAAUGGCAGCUCUGGGCUCACAUCCUCAGUUCCAUGUGGAAGUCACUAAGUCCAGCCAACUCCGAUUAGAGUGCAAGUCAGAGGGCUGGUUCCCUCAGCCUAAGGUCCAGUGGACAGACUCUGAGGGAGGAGAGAUUCCAGCUGAGUAUGAGACUCACACCCAGGAUAAAGGUGGCCUGUUCCAUGUAACAACAUCACUGUUACUCAGAGAACCUCCUCAGAAGAAUCUGACAUGUUCUAUCUGGAACCCAGUUCUGAAUCAGAAAAAGGAAGAACGAUUAUCCACAGAAGUUGUUGAGCCCAUCAGUACAACAGUCAAUGAGCCCAUCAAUACUACAGUCAUUCCUGUGGUUACAUCUUUGGCAGCACUUCUGAUAAUGCUGAUUUUCAUUGGACUACUUUAUUUACUAAACAACAGUCUCAAAAACCGGUCCAAAAACAGAAGUGGUAAACGCGAGUACGACACCCACCAUGGCACCUGCCAGGCCACCCGUCCCGUGACCAGGGAUUAUGCCGCAGUCCCUGCCGACCAAGUAGAGUUCUAUGCUGAGUGCAACCCUGAGGGCACCAGUGCCAAUGCCCCCGGGCCUGCCAUCCUGGCCUACUACGCCUGUGUUGCUUCCACCAAGCCUGCCCAGGACGGUGCCAGGACCCACGCGCCCGGAACUGCCCCCGCCUCCCAGGAGGAGCACAAUACCAGCCCGGACCAGUACGGUGCCAGCGCGGACCCGCCCAGGACCACCCUUGGCAAGGCUGCCAUCGGAGCAGACAGCCCCAAGGUCACCGAUGCAGAUCUUGACCCAGAAGCCACCUGCACCUACCCACCUGGGACAGUCUCUGCCGCCCAGGAGGACCACACUACCAACCCUGACCAGGAAGGUGCCUGCGCGGACCCACCCGGGGCUGCCCUCCCCAACGCCACCCCCAAGGCCACCAAUGCACACCUUGACCCAGAAGCCGCCUACACCUACCCGCCUGGGGCGGCCCCGGCUGAGGCCCAUGACACCCUCUCCUCCAGCGCCUCGAAAGCCUUUGCGAACGUUCGGCUCUUCUUCAAAUAUAACCCUAAGAAGAAGGCGGAACUCCACGGCAUUACGGAGAGAUUCACUGGCCUGUCCAUCGGUCCCUAUUUGCAGAAGGUCUCGAGGGAAUUAUCCUGUGUGAAUUCACAAAUAAGCUGUAGCUCGGCUCAGUCUCCAGGAUCAACCACUUCCAUGCAAAGUAGUCACCCCCUAGAAAACCUCUCCAACUUCAACAAGAACAUAGUCAGCCACCUUGAACCCCUGGGAGCGGUUCCAGCCCAAUGACCUGCUUGAGAGCCACAUGAGGCAGGGGCAGGUGUCUCCCCUGGCUCAGUCUCUGGCCAAGACCAAGGGGCUGCAUGUGGCAUGGACAUCGGCACCAACUACAUGGAAAAGCAGGAGCGGAACGUGGAUGAUGCCACCUUGAAGGUGACCAGAACAUCAUGGGGCUCCAGAGGGGCACCAGUAAGUGUGCCAGCCCUUCAAGUAUGAUGCCAUGUGGCAUGAGAAGGCACAUAUGUCUACCUCUGCAAGGAUCAUGUCCUUCCACCCAUGGGCCAUGCAACCAUCUGCCUGCAAAGGGCCACUGUUAAUGUAAGGAACAUUCAAACCUGUAAAGACUUUUUGUGAG